UAAGCAUUAAAUGUCGUUUCUCUUUUACAGAGAAACUCAGUUGUGCUUUUAAUCAACACUCAUCCUGAAAUAGUCUUAUAAAACGACAUUUCUUGACAAAUUGAAGACGAAGAUGUCUAAACUAAGGUUCACCUUUGAAGUAAAACCCUCUCAAGAUGGAAAAUCAAAUCACAUUGCCGUAACUUCUAUCAACACUGAAGAUGGCAGAAUAUUUUUGAUACCAGAAGAUUUUCAAGUGGCAUUCUUCCAUAAAGAAAUCUGUGCUACAAAGAAUUUUACAAUAAUCAAGAAUACCUUAAAACGAAGACAUCAAUACAGGAAUGUUUGGAUAGCCUUAACAGAAGAUAUUAAAAAAACCUACUUCGAUGAAGACGGUAACAUGGUUUUCAUGGAUAUGUACUUAGAUGAAGCAAAUCAACAAAUAAGCAAUUGUUCAUCUAACACUACCCAAAUAUUGGAUGAAAGCAAUCCUAUGGUCAAAAUCUUGGAAAAACUGGUGAAAAAUCAAGAGAAACAGAAGAAACAGAAUGUGAGGCAAGCAGCCGAGAGAUUUGUUCUUGAAAAAUAUGAUGGUAGAACUACAGAUUCAUAUCAAUGGCUUGAAGUUUUUGAAAAAGAAUGCGAUAGAUUUGAAAUUACUGAUGAUAGGGAAAAAAUUGAGAUAUUCAGAUUGUUUCUGGAGAAAUCAUGUGUGGACUGGUAUAAUUCCAUGAUGAUAAAACUAACAUUUGAUUCUGAAUGGUCAGAUUGGAGGAAAAAUUUUUGCCAAACUUACGCUAACAAGGGCUGGUCUGCUAGUAGGUAUGCGAUAUUUUUUAAAUACCAAACUGGCUCUCUACUGGAAUAUGCUGUGAAAAAAGAAAAACUAAUACUAGAGGUAAGAAAAAAAGUUGACCAGGGAACUCUAAUAGACUUAAUCGCUGCUGGCCUGCCCAAUUUCAUUGUGGAUAGGAUUAACAGAGAGGAAAUUUUGGAAACACAAGAUUUGUUCAAUGAAAUUGGGAGGUUAGAACAUCUUGUCAAGAAUAGAACAUUGAAACAAAAAUCUGAUGCAAAACCAAACCCAGAAAAGAAACAUAAAUGUAGCAUUUGUGAAAAACUGAAAAAGGGAGUUCGUUAUCAUUUAGAAUCUUCUUGUUGGUUCAAUGAAAAGGACAAACGAUCAAAUCAAAAAAAUCAAAUCAAAAUUGUUAAUAACUCAGAAAUAGAAUGCGAACUUCAAGAUGAGGAUCCAAAAAACUUGUAGUGCCGCCAUUGAUCAAAGUGAAAUUAGUAUUGAAUAAAAACGUUAACAUAUUUGGUGUCUACGAUUCCGGUUCGAAUGUGUCUCUUAUCAACUCUAGAUUGUUGAAAGUGGUUAAUAAAAAUAAACGUUAUUUCAAUAAAACUAAUUUGAAAACGAUUAAUGGCGUUAAACAAGCAAGUGGUAUGGUAUCACUUAAUGUGAAAAUUUUUGAUAUGGAAAAGAAAAUGAAUAUUUUCGUUAUAGAUAAAACAAACUUCGAUUAUGAUUUUCUGAUUGGUUUAGAUUGUAUAAAAAGUUUCUGUUUAACACAAAAUGAAAAUUUAGAAAUUAAUCAAAGAAAUCC